AUGCUUGUGAAGCCGACAUUGCGAUCAUGGAAGCUCGCACUUGUUGCCGUGUGCAUAGUCCUCGGAACAGCAUACCUUUCUGCUGGAAACGACCUCUUCUUCAACUUACGGAAUGGGUUGGCAUCGAAAUCCGUCACUGGGCCAGGCGCGGGGAACGACACAUUGGGUUUUGGGGCGAUCUAUGUCCUGACGGAAGAUGCCUCGUCAUGGCGGGUACAAGGUCUGCGCAAAGCGGCAAGAUUGGUUGGACUUCGGAUUACUAUACCAAUCCAACGACAAGUCUCACAUGAGGGACUGCUUAGCCAAGUCAGCGGCCAAGUCGUGGAAGGGUAUGGUCGUUCGCGUGCUCUCGUCAACCAUUUGGCUCUCCUCGACACGAUCGCUCAAGCACCUUAUGAGACAGUCCUCGUCCUCGAAGACGAUGUAGACUUCGGACUCGACAUACGAGCUCAAAUGGAACUCGUCUCGAAAGCCUUCUGGGAUCGCGCCGGCGGAGCUCCCGAAUUUCGAGACCCAGAACAGGAAGCCCUACAUCCAUACCGCCAUCACGAAUGGGACAUCUUCUGGCCCGGCCACUUCGGCAUGUCGUUCAUCGACGGCACCGAGAUCUACAAAUAUCACGAUCCUCACGCACUCCCCUGGAGUCGCCUCAAAACACAAUUCAACAACUACUACGAACAAAUGGCCGCAUCCAACCCCCCAGAACCCCAGCAGCUCAUCUUCAACGUGGCACCACUCUCAACUUACGCAUACGCAAUCACAAAGUCUCAUGCCGCACGGCUCGUACAGAAAAUCAGAAACGAUAAAGCAGACAGUUUCGACACAGCACUACAUAUCGACUGCGUCGGCAAAGCGCACCGUUGUGUCGCUCCUGUUCCUCAGCUUUUCCAUCAUCAUCGUGUUACGGGCGGAAAGGUGUCGAGUGGCAAAGAGGCAUCCGCAGGCAAUGAUGGCGCUGUGCAGAAUAUGGUGUGGUAUCGUAAAAAGCAUAAGUAUACUUAUAAUAUCGAAUGGAGUGCGCGAUGUAACGCGAUCGGAGCUGGGGAGAAAGUGGGAGAGAGAUGGCAGUGUCUGCCGGGGCAGGGUGACGGGGAGAUAUGA